UCACGCGAAGUUAUUUAUCUAUCUACCGGAGGAGCUUUAUUUUACAAUAUUACAUUGAUUUUCUAUUGUCUGUUUUAUUGAUAGAACUUUUGUUCAUGUAUUCAAUUCUAAAAUAAAGCAAUAAUUAAUUCAUUAGUUGGUUAAGUAAACUACCACAAAAUGUUAGUUGCUUCUUUUGGAAUAUACCAAUGGCCGUAUAGUUUUAGUGUUAUUGAGUGUUUGUCUGUGCGGGAACUAUAAAUCGAAAUGUUUCUAUUCAAGAAUGUGAUUAUGGACACUUUACAUUGGAGAAAAUGGUUUCUUUUUCUAGUCAUAGCCUUAAGUCGAAGGCUAGAUUUGGUAAAUGGCUUGAAGUGUUACUGCAAUAUUGAAAGUUCCAGCUGCCCCAAUUCAACAUGUGAAACAGAUGGUUUUUGCUAUGCUUCUACAACAAUUGACAAUGGGGUGCAAAAGUACACCUACCAUUGUAUCGAGCUGAAAGCUUUGAUACCCAUCGAGCACCCGUUCAGUUGCUCCACUACGAGAACUCGAAACGAAUCGGUGGUGAUAGAGUGUUGUAAGUCACAUGAUAUGUGCAAUCGGGAGCUGCGCCUGGAGAUUCAGUCGAAGCCGCCAGGUAGGAGCCGCGCGGAAGCGACGGGCUCGUCAGCAACGGCAUGGCAAGUAGUGCCUUGGAUUAUGGGUUUGAUGGUGCUGGGAGUAUGCGCAGCGAUCAGUAUUUGGUUGAUCAAGAGGCCUGGCCGGAAGGGCCACUCCCUACCGCCAUACGCACCGGAGGACUCUCUCUGCGAAACCCGACAUCCUAUGAUCAAGACGACGAUUCGUGAUAUGAUCGAACUUACUACCUCUGGAUCGGGGUCUGGAUUGCCGUUGUUAGUUCAACGUUCCAUUGCAAGGCAGAUUCAGCUGAUGGAUAUCAUUGGUAAAGGCCGUUUCGGUGAAGUGUGGCGCGGUCGAUGGCGUGGCGAGAACGUUGCCGUGAAAAUAUUCUCCUCUCGCGAAGAGUGCUCUUGGUUCCGCGAAGCAGAAAUAUAUCAAACGGUCAUGUUGCGUCAUGAAAAUAUAUUGGGUUUCAUCGCUGCUGAUAAUAAAGAUAACGGUACCUGGACACAGCUAUGGCUAAUCACCGACUACCAUGAGAAUGGAUCUCUCUUCGACUUCUUGACCACUCGCACUAUUGACUCCAAUACGCUCGUCACUAUGGCGUUGUCCAUUGCUACUGGCCUGGCUCAUUUACAUAUGGAUAUUGUGGGCACUAAAGGUAAACCAGCGAUCGCUCAUCGCGAUCUGAAGUCGAAGAAUAUUCUUGUGAAGAGCAAUUUGACUUGCGUUAUUGGUGAUUUGGGUUUGGCGGUGCGACAUAACGUGGCGAGUGAUUCCGUCGAUGUGCCUUCUACUAACCGUGUCGGUACAAAGCGAUACAUGGCGCCCGAGGUGUUGGACGAAAGCAUGGAUUCGAGGCAAUUUGAUCCCUACAAGCGUUCGGAUGUGUAUUCGUUUGGGUUGGUCUUGUGGGAGAUGGCCCGUCGGUGCGGGAGUAUGCCUGAUGAGUACCAGCCCCCGUACUAUGACUGUGUGCCGCCGGACCCGGCUCUGGAGGACAUGAGACGGGUCGUUUGCACCGAGAAGAGACGGCCCAAUGUGCCCAAUAGAUGGCACUCGGAUCCGGUGCUAUCGGCUAUAUCGAAAGUGAUGAAGGAGUGUUGGUACCAGAACCCGGCGGCUCGGCUAACGGCGCUGCGGAUAAAGAAGACGCUCGCCAAUAUCGGCACGGCGGAUCAGAUUAAAUUGUAAAAUGUGAUUUAAGCCAAGUUUCCAAGUCUUCUGUCCCUUUCUAUUGCUAAGGAACUCCCUACGUUAAAACGGGACAAAUGUAGUUUUCGCACACUACACUCGCGACAUUUCUAAGCGAUAGAAAGAGAUGGAAAAUUUCGAAUUCAGUCCGUAAAUGGGGCUUGGCUCUUAGGCCCUUAGUGAGGAGAGUUCUUCGCCUUUUUUGAUAAACUCUAAAGUGGUUCAUUAUGUGGAUUAUUAUACAUGUUUAACUUUGCCUCGAAGGAAACUCUCCUCUUGUAAACCGGCCUCAGGUUGGGAAUAUAUUUUGUGGCCGUUUUUGUGACCGUCCGCCGGAUCGAAUUGGAUUAUUUUUACUCAGAUUUAUCAUUUACGCUUUUUUUAGCACGCAUUAAGCAUUGAUUUAUUUUUUUAUAAUUAAGAACGUCUUAGAUUGUAAUCGCUUUGACUUUGUAUUAAGAAAAUUUUUAUUUUUGAUCAUUAUUUUUUCUUGAAGAUCUUAUUUUUGUGUUAUUAUUAUUUUUAUAAAUUAUAAUAUACUUAUUAGAUAACGUUCCGACAAAUAUUGUAGAGAAUCGGAUUCGGACCGGAUAGGUAGUUUUAUUUGAUUUAUAUUCCCAGCCUCAGUACCUUCAAUAAUACUAGCCAUUAUUUAUGUAUCUUUUUCUAGACAUUCUAAGCAAUAUAUUGUAGUAGAGUUUUAGUGGCUUUUGCUUAGUGUAGUUCACGGCUAGAAGCGUAGUUGGCAAUUUACUAAUUUGACAUUUAAUGACUGUAAAUCAUAUUUAAAUUACAGCUAGUACGAUUCUUCUACGAGCCUUACCUGUAGUUAUAUAUUUGCUAUUGUACGAACGUCUCUUUUGCUUUUGGCGCGAACGCGAAAGCUAGGUUUUUAGUGCUUAAGUAUUUGUAAAUAAAAUGAUAGGUGCUUUUGUUGAUAUUGGUUUUACAAUUUUUAAUAUUGUUAAAUUAUGAUGAUGGUUACAAUGUAUUAUUGGAGGUGACUUAAAUGGAAUAAUUAGCCGCGAACGCGGAGUCCACGCUGCCACACUAAUAAAAAUAAUAAAAGUAGUUAAAUACUAUAUCAAAGCAGUUAUUAGACGAAAAUUAAUAUACUCACUCACACGAAGUUAGAGUUAUCAAUUACUAACAGGGUAUAUUGUAAGGUAAAAUCUACGUUGCAACAUAAAAAGUUCAAAUGUUAACAAGAGUUGUGAUAAGUUACUUGAUAGAAAUUGUUAGUGUUUCGAUGAUAACAUUUAAAUGAGUAUGUAAGCGGGAAGCGUGGGCUCGGCGCGAGCUCGAGUGGUCCGCCUAGUCUUCUCUCCUGAUCCUACCUCUUAGAUUAUAAUCGACUAAUGUUGGGCUCCCGUUUGAUGUCAAUGCUUUCCUCGUACACUGGUGCAUAUUUUGCGAACUAUAAUCUUUUCUUUUUGCUCUGUUUCCUCGUACACAUUUUGCAAAGUUUUGUAGUUUAAGUUUAAAGUUUUGUAACAACUCGUAUAAUGGUAUACAUCUAGCCAUGUUUUGUAACAACUCGUAAAAUGGUAUAAAUUUUGCAAAGUUUUGUAGAAACUCGUAAAAUGGUAUAAAUUUUGCAAAAUUUUGUAAAAACUCGUAAAAUGGUAUACAUCUAGUGACGUUUUGUAACAACUCGUAUAAUGGUAUACAUUUAGCGACGUUUUGUAACAGCUCGUAUAAUGGUAUACAUCUAGCGACGUUUUGUAACAGCUCGUAUAAUGGUAUACAUCUAGUGACGUUUUGUAACAACUCGUAUAAUGGUAUACAUCUAGCGACGUUUUGUAACAACUCGUAUAAUGGUAUACAUCUAGCGACGUUUUGUAACAACUCGUAUAAUGGUAUACAUCUAGCGACGUUUUGUAACAACUCGUGCAAUGAUAAACAUUUUGCCAAGUUUUAUAACAACAGUUUGUCUGAGUAAUUUUUAAAUUUCACUUUACCUACAACAAUAACGGUAUUUUUUAAAUUUUCCUUUCAAUAAAUUACAAAUAAGUGUAAUCGAUAAUAAUGUUCUGUUUCUCUGUGACGAAGAGCUCACAUCGAACGGGCCCAAAGGAGCAUUUAUUGUACUAACAUGUUAUAUUAUGGACUUUGAGUUGUAGUGAUAUUUUUCGUUACCAAGUAUGUAGUUAUUAAAGUUUUGUUGAGGGCCCCUGAUUCCGUUUAUUUAUAUUAUUAUAGCGCAUAAUUAUAUAAAAGUGUGGUUAUUAAAUUACGUAACAUCUGUUAUAAACAAUAUUCUGUGAUAGACGGUAAAUCGCAGCUAUCGGAUUAAGUUGACUAUUUAUUUGCAUAUAGGUACGUAUUAUUUAAUAAGUUUAUAUUAUGUAUCUUGAUCGUCUAUUGAACUAAAAUAAUAUAUAUUGCACAUAGUUGUUUUGGCCCUGUAUAUUUAUAAAUAAGAUUUAUUAAUUAGCGUUGUUCCAUAAGUAACGAUUUUGUGGUGUACAUAUUUUACAAUUUGUUACGAUUUUUACUUUUCACUAACAUUAGUGGCUAAGUACGAAUAGUUAUAUCGCUAUGUUCGAAUAUGUUCGCUAGGAGCGUUGCACGAAUCGAGUUUCAUUUAAAUAACAUAAUUAUAAAGAGAUAUUUAAUUGAUUAGUAUCGUAAUUUAUUUAUAAGGUGAAAUUGAAUUCACUAAAUCGAUGUUCGUCACGUAAUUGGUACUAAGCAGUUCUCUGUAUUUAGAAUAAGUCGAUAGGCGUAGGCCUCGAGAAGAGUUCUUGUACCUUUUUUAUUGUUAAUUUAUGAUAUCUUUUUGGAAAAUCGCUUGAAAUUGUUCAAAUUUUAUAAAUACGUAAGCAGUCAUGGAUUUACGAAGGAAAUUACGUUUUAUAAAAAAAAUAAGUAAACAGUGAUGAGUUUACGAAGGAAAAUACAGUGGUGUUAAUGAGUUUUUUGGAUUAAUGCUAUUGUUUAUUAUGCUUUAUUAAACUAACUGGUGGGCUGAUUAACGAAAUAAUUAAUUCAGGAAACAAAAUAAUGUAUAUAAUAUGAUAUAUCUUCUAUUAUAUAAAAAUAAAUCCCUAUUUUCUCUGGUCAUGGCUUCACGUGUGAACAGCUGAACCGAUUUUUGUAAUUCUUUUUUUUAUUUAUGUUAUAUGUAUGUUUUAGCAGUAGCAUCUUCCUUGUGCUAAAAAUAAUAAAAAAUUGAAACCAUCAUGGCUAUUUAAAUGUGUUUGUCAAUUCGCGCGAAGAAAGGAAGGUCUGUCGGUCAGCCAGUUUAAAAUAAUAUUUAGUUAAAGAUAUGGAUAAUUUACAUUCCAACCUGUACUUAACUUUGAAAAGUUUUAAAUUAUUAUAUCCUUUCAGACCUUCUCAGAUUAACCUGAAAAGCAUUAUAAUUAACCAUGAUUAAUGUUAAUUAAAGAGUAGGUACUUACUUCAAAUAACAAUAUUAAUCAAUUUCUUUCGUGAAGUCAUGAAUGACUUUUAACGUAAAUUAAAUAACAAUAUGGUGUGUAGAACUAAGCAAAAGAAGUAAAAUUAUAAAUGGCAUCUAUUGUAUUUGACUUUAUAAUAAUUUGGGCGUGGUCUCCUUGAGACGUGGUUUAAAAAUAUUCGGAGUUUGUAUAUAAGGAGAUAUAAGUACCUAUAUUUAUAAGAGUAAAUUUUAAUCGUUUAGAUUUCAUACAUUUCGAGUAACUAGGAUUACUUAAGGGAUAAUAAGCGAGUCAAAGUAAACCUCGUUUUACAAUAUUCUUUAUAUUUUCACAUGUAUAAUUUAAAUGCACAUUGACAUAGAAUUUACGUUAUAUAGUUAUUUCCGCUGGCAUUGAAUUACUCUUCCGUGUAAUCAGUAGGGCAUUACCAUCCAAGUCUGUAUCCAUACUGAUGUUUUAAAGUUAUACUGUAUUAGUCUGAUACGUUAUAUAUAUUAUUGUGAAUUUGUACGUAAUUUAUGUUUUCAUUAUUUUUCUUUUACUAUAAUAUCUAUCAUAUUGUUUUUAAUUUAUAACUGAUUUUUGUUAAUUUCCUUUCAUAUUUGCAUAUUUUAUUUGCAAAUAGGUGUGUAUAUAUUUUCUCUAAAUAGGAACAUAAUUCAUACAAGAUAUUUUACUAAACCUGUAUAACUAGUAUAUCAAUGUUCCAUACUUAUACAUACAUAUAAACAAUAAUAGACUGAAGUAUAUUUUAGAAUGUUCAACUACAGUUAAUAAACCGACGCCAACAAAGGGCAUCCAUCAGCAGCAAAUAUAAACAAGACAAUAGUAAAUUAUAAUAAUAUUUAAAAACACUAAAAUCUGAUACUAUUUAUUAGUAAAUAAUAAUUAUGGAAGUAUUGCUGUAUGUACAAUAACAGAUGCUCUUUGGUGGCGUCGUGCGUGUGUCAACCGUGUUUUAUAUAAAUUUGUAUUUACAAUAUCCCUACUGAUGAUAAUCUCGCUUAGUGAUGUAUCCUCGCUGAAAUAUAUUAACAAAUCUUCCAAAUAAAGACUGUCAAAUAUACAGACAAGGAAAAAUAUUUAAAUUGGAAAUGUUUUAUAGAUACACGCUUAAUAUAGCGCUUAAUUUAAUAUUUAAUAUUUUUAUAAUGAAGUUAAGAAAUGUACCUAAAUUUUAUAACUUAAAAUUCUACCUGAUGAUAAAGCAAUAGGACACCGUGUGUCCAUUUCAGACUUGAAUUCAUAGUCUUACAUUAAAUAUACAAAUAUUUUUAUCAUAUUUUUAGUACUAGUGUAGGCUGUAGUAUUUAUAAUCAGUACCUACAAUGUUACUUGCUUUCAAGACAAUCAUUGAUUAAAUAUCCUACUUACGAUAUUACGACUAUAUAUUUUUACACGUUCGUUCACUAGUUGUAUUUAUUUAAAAAUCUUGGAAAAAUUAACGCAUUGGAUGUCAAUGCGAUAUUCGAAAAGGUAACUUUUUUAAUACGUUCAUAAUCCGAACCUUGAAGAUCCGGUACUGUAAGAUUAAAAUUUAAGUCCUCGUCUAUGGAUAAUGGAAAACAUAAUAUCAAUGGUCGUAACCAGUUAUAAAUUAUUUCAGUACCUACCAAUAAAUUUGUACUGUUCAAUUAUCAAAAAUAUCUAAAAAUGUUCGAUCACAUACUGUUUGAAAACGUAGAAACCGGACUUGCAUUUUGGGAAUCUUUCGUUCUAGUCUGAUUAAAAUCACAGUCUCUUUGUAAUGUACUAACUAGUAAGAUUCUAUUGGAAGGAGCGGUUAUGUUCAUUAUAAUUUUUAUAAAUAAUACAGUCGGCGAAGUGUUUGGGAUUUGUUGAAACAUUGCAUUGUUUGUUGAUACAUCAUUUAUAAUAGUAUCGAUGUUGUAAAUUAAGAAAUUCAAAAAUGGUCAGCAAAAAUAAAUACUGUUGUAAUAUAUCUUACUUGAAUGUAAACUAACUAACUAACGUAACGUCGACUGUGCUUUAUUUAUUUAAGACAAAUUUUUAUUGUUAAGUACGUAAGUACCUAAAAAAUCUAAAUAGAUUCGAAAGAAAAUCACGUUCUAAAUAUCUAAUACCGUAAUAUUAUGUUUACGUGAUUAUUGCUUUUCUUUUAUAACUAAUGUGCGUACUCCAUUAUCGAGGAUAAGGUAAUAAUAUCAUUGCCAAUUUCUAACAACAUUCAACUAUUCAACAACAUUCUUAAACACAAUUUGCCAUUAAGGCAGUAGCGACUUUGGACUAGAUUAAACACGUGUUCUUUUAUUAAAUUAAUAUUAGGUAGGUAUGUACCUAAGUUGUUUUUUCUAAAAUCGGAUUUUAUGAUUUUAGUAUAUUUAUAGGUAAGGAUUUAUAAAACUUAAGCAAUUAUUUCAUACCUAAGCUUAAAAGAGACCAUUUAAAUGCUUUUUUUUAAUUUAAUGUGACGAUAUUUUUGUAUCAUUUCUGCUUUUGCUUCUUUAUGUCAAACACUCGAAAAAUAAGUUAAUAUUAAGUAAGAUUUAAUGAGAAGAUAUAUUUUAAAACACAGUAAGAUUGCGAUCGUGGUUCAGUAAAGCAUUGAAUUGUUACAAAAUACAUUUUGAUUGCAUCUGACGAGCAAUACCGAGAAAGUACAACACACCAGCAAUAAAUAUGUAUGGACAAAUUUUGCAUCAUAUCACAUGUUCAUAUGAAUCCAUUGAUUCCAGAUGAGUGAUACUAUAAUCUGUACAUAAUAUUAUUUAAUAUCCCUUUUAUGUAAGUUUUAUUAAUUGUUUAUGGAGUGGUUUUAAUUUAAUAGAACAAGUGUUUUUAUAAA